UCCCAGUGACUCCGCUGCGCUGAGGCCUGGUAGCCGAGCCCCAGGGUCUACUUCUGGCAGCCCGGGAAAACGAGCCUGAGCCCAGUCAUGGCCCUGGCCCUCUUUACUGCAGUCGUCCCGGCUCACCUUCUCUCCACUCGGGUUCAAACCCAGCUCUGCCUCUUGUGAGCUCUGCGUCCUUGGGCAACCGACUGACCUCUUCCAGUCUUUCUGUUUGCAAAGUGGGGCUAGUGGCACCUGCUUUCCUGGAUUGUCUCACCAAUCCUUCAGAACGUGUGAAAGGCCUAUGCAAACCCUAACGAUUUACACCGGGGCCCAAGAGAUCAUCAGCAAGGGUCUGAUUUCCCCGCUGGUGUGGAAGCUGCAGGUGGAGCGGGAGGAGGAGUUCCAGGAGCUCAUCCUGGACACACUGGUCCUCUGUCUGCGGGAGGAUGCCACUGAGGCCCUGGGCAGCAACGUGGUGCUUGUCCUGAAGCAGAAGCUCCUCAGUGUCAACGAGAACAUCCGCAGCAAGGCCGCUCAUGCACUCCUUAAUGUCAGCAUAUCUCGAGAGGGCAAGAAACAGGUGUGUAAGUUUGACGUCAUCCCCAUCCUGGUGCAUCUACUGAAAGACCCGGUGGAGCAUGUGAAGUCUAAUGCCGCCGGGGCCCUGAUGUUCGCCACAGUGAUCACUGAAGGGAAGUAUGCGGCCCUAGAGGCACAAGCCAUCAGCCCGCUCCUGGAGCUGCUGCACUCCCCCAUGACCGUAGCGCGCCUGAACGCCACCAAGGCCCUUACCAUGCUGGCAGAGGCCCCCGAGGGCCGCAAGGUCCUGCAGGUGCACGUGCCCACUUUCCGUGCCAUGGAGGUGGAGUCUCACGCAAAGCCUCAAGUGGCCGAAGCCUUACAGCGGGCAGCCCGGAUUGCCGUCAGUGUCAUCGAGUUCAAACCCUGAGCCCCUCAUCCACUUCUGUGUGUGAAUAAAUGCGCUCAGUCUCUUUA